CCUCUUAUAGUUAUUACAUAAAGACGCGAACCUGUUUCAGUUCUUGUUUUCCUUCACUUUACAAAUUCAAAAAAUGUUGGUGAGGCGUUUCUCGGUGAAAUCGCGGUUGAAUUGUGCUCUUCCCUCAAUCGUAUUUCCACACUGCUUCUCAAGCACCAAUGAAAACGAUGACGUACAGAAAGUGUUCGGCAUACUUAGCAGCACUUCCACGCCGGAACAGCUGAAACAAUCCUUGAAAUCAAGCGGUGUUUUCCUCUCCAAUGAAUUGAUCGAUCAAGUUCUCAAGAGGGUUCGCUUCAGCCAUGGGAACCCCUCCCAAACGCUUGAGUUUUUCCGUUACACCGGAAGAAGGAAAGGGUUUUACCAUACUGCGUUUUCCCUCGACACCAUGCUCUACAUUCUUGGAAGAAGCCGCAUGUUUGGUCACGUUUGGGACCUCUUAAUCGAAUGCCGUCGAAAAGACCAAACGGCCAUAACGGCUCGCACCGUUAUGGUCGUGUUGGGCAGAAUUGCCAAAGUGUGUUCAGUUCGACAAACGGUGGACUCGUUUAGAAAGUUCAGGAAGCUGGUGACUGAGUUUGAUACUAAUUGUUUCAAUGCUCUGUUGAGAACGUUGUGUCAGGAGAAGAGCAUGACGGAUGCUAGAAANGUUUACCAUAGUUUNAAGCAUCGGUUUCGNCCAAAUUUACAGACUUUUAACAUUCUUCUUUCCGGGUGGAAGACCCCUGAGGAUGCUGAGGGGUUCUUGAAGGAGAUGAAGGAAAUGGGGGUGGCACCUGAUGUUGUUACAUACAAUAGUUUGGUGGAUGUUUACUGCAAGGGGAGGGAAAUUGAGAAGGCGUAUAAGGUGCUCGAGGAAAUGCGUGAACGGGAUUUGUCGCCGGAUGUAAUCACGUAUACAUGUAUCAUUGGUGGGUUGGGGUUGAUUGGGCAGCCUGAUAAAGCCAGAGAUGUUUUGAAGGAGAUGAAGGAGUAUGGGUGUUACCCUGAUGCUGCAGCCUACAAUGCUGCCAUCAGGAAUUUCUGCAUUGCAAAGAGGCUUGGUGAUGCUAAUGGUUUGGUGGAGGAGAUGGUGAGCAAGGGUUUGAGUCCGAAUGCAACUACUUACAAUUUGUUCUUUAGGGUAUUUUACUGGUCCAAUGAUUUGCAUAACUCUUGGAUCAUGUACAAUAGGAUGAUGGUUGAGGGGUGUCUUCCGAAUACGCAGUCUUGUAUGUUCUUGAUAAGGUUGUUUAGAAAGUAUGAGAAGGUGGAUAUGGCGCUGCAAUUAUGGGGGAACAUGGUGGAAAAGGGUUUUGGGUCGUAUACCUUGGUUUCUGACGUGCUGUUUGACUUGCUUUGUGAUAUGGGGAAGUUGGAAGAAGCAGAGAAGUGCUUUUUGGAGAUGAUUGAAAAGGGGCAGAAACCGAGUAAUGUGUCGUUUAGAAGAAUUAAGGUUCUUAUGGAACUAGCAAAGAGACAUGAGGCCCUUGAGAGCUUGACGCAGAAAAUGUCCAUAUUUGGGCGACCACUCCAAUUGCAUCAAAGUUCGAUGAGCAAAACUGACACAGCGGAUUCUCUCUUUACUAAUAGUUAGAACUGAUUGUGGCAAAAUGAAUGGAAGAUCAAGCGUCUUAAAUCUGUUACAGAAGUGGUUGGAACAUUCAAUAAUGCCUUUUAAUAUUAGUUUGAGACAUUUGCGAUAAGAGAGUUGAACGGUUAUUUAGGUGGAGUCAGAAGUUUUUCUGUUAACUGCAAAUUGGGGUUGACAUAAGUGUGUUGGGACUGUUGUGACAUGAGUUGUGAUCAAUCCAUUUGUGUUGGGCCAUGUGCAAGCAGUAAGUAACUUGAACUC